AUGGGAGAGUGGUACUACAUGCGCAUUAGCGUGGAUGACAUGCGGGUGGAGGAGAUGACGGCGGCACACUACCUGGCAUUCAAGGAGAAGCUGGUGCCCAUGGAGACAGACCGCCACGGCUACGACCCUUUUGUACUGGAGCUGGACCUGAAGCCCUUCAGCGCCCAUCAGCCCAAGAUCAGCCUGCAGAGUCACAUCGGCAACGGCGUCUCAUUCCUGAACAAGACCCUCUCGGCCAAGCUCUUCUCGCCCAACGCCAACGCAGAGGGCAGCCAGCUGAUGCUCGACUUUCUUCGCGAGUUCAAGCACAACGGCGAGAUGCUGCUGCUCAGCAAGCGAGUGAACAGCGUGCAGAGGCUGCGCCACGCGCUGCUGCGCGCCGACAGGCUGCUGGAGAAGCACGAGGAUGAGGAGCCAAUCGGUGCGGUGGCGGGCAUUGAUGAGCUGGGCUUCCUGCCCGGCUGGGGCAACACCGUGGGGCGCGUGCGCGAGUCCUUCCAGCUGCUGCUGGACAUUGUUCAGGCGCCUGAUGCCGACACGCUGGAGAAGUUCCUGGGCCGCCUGCCGCUCAUGUUCAAGGCACCUGCCGUGCAGGUCGUCAUUCUGUCGCCUCACGGCUACUUUGGGCAAACCAAUGUGCUGGGCAUGCCAGACACGGGCGGCCAGGUGGUCUACAUCCUGGACCAGGUGCGGGCUCUGGAGCGGGAGAUGCAGCAGCGGCUGGAGGAUGCGGGGCUCAAGAAUGUGUGUGCCGACAUUGUGGUGCUGACCCGCCUGAUCCCAGAUGCCCACGGCACCUCGUGCAACGAGCGGCUGGAGCCCAUCAGCGGCUGCCAAAACGCGCGCAUCCUGCGCGUGCCCUUCCGCGACAGAGAGGGUCGCGUGCUGAACAAGUGGGUGUCCCGCUUCGACCUGUGGCCCUACCUGGAGCGCUUCACGAUCGACGCCACCAAGGAGAUCCUGGCUGAGAUGGGCGGCAAGCCUGACUUCAUCAUCGGCAACUAUAGCGACGGCAACCUGGUGGCCACGCUGAUGAGCCACCGCAUGAAUGUGACGCAGUGCAACAUCGCCCACGCCCUGGAGAAGACCAAGUACGAGGAUGCCGACAUCUACUGGGAGCGGCUGGAGGACAAGUACCACUUCAGCUGCCAGUUCACCGCAGACCUCAUCGCCAGUGAACCACGCAGACUUCAUCGUCACAUCCACGUACCAGCUCACGCUGCGCCGAGUGGCUGCAGGAGAUUGCGGGGCACGAGGAGAUGGUUGGGCAGUACGAGUCGUACAAGAGCUUCACCAUGCCGCAUCUGUACCGCGUGGUGGAGUUCAACAUCGUGUCCCCGGGGGCCGACCUGGACAUCUACUUCCCGCACAAGGAGGCAAAAGGAGCGGCGGCUGACCGGGCUGCACAAGGACAUUGAGGAGCUGCUGUUCGACCCCGACUUCAAGGGGGCAGUGGGCCAGCUGGAGGACCGCUCCAAGCCCAUCCUCUUCUCCAUGGCCCGCCUGGACAAGGUGAAGAACCUGACGGGACUGGCGGAGUGGUACGCCCAGAACGAGCGCCUCAGGGGGCUGGUCAACCUGGUGAUCGUGGGCGGCGUAAUCGACCCCGACGCCACCAUGGACCGCGAGGAGGCUGACGAGUGCCGCAAGAUGCACGGCAUUGUGGAGCAGUACAACAUGAAGCCCUGCUUCCGCUGGAUCAAGAACCGUGUGCGCAACGGCGAGCUGUACCGAUACAUCGCCGACACAGGCGGCGCCUUUGCGCAGCCCGCGCUGUACGAGGCCUUUGGCCUGACGGUGAUUGAGGCCAUGACCUGCGGCCUGCCCACCUUUGCCACCAACCACGGCGGGCCCUCGGAAAUCAUCAAGCACAAGAAGUCGGGCUUCCACAUCGACCCCUACCACGGCGCCGAGUCGGCCGAGCUGAUGGCAGACUUCUUCGAGCGAUGCGCCAGGGAGUCUGGCUACUGGAACAAGAUCAGCGAGGCCUCCAUUGAGCGCAUCUUCUCCAGGUACACGUGGAGCAUCUACGCCAAGCGCCUGGUCACGCUGAGCCACAUCUACACAUUCUGGAAGCACGCGACCAGCCUGGAGUCGAGGGAGACGAAGAGAUACCUGGAGAUGUUCUACAUCCUUGAGAUGCGCCGCCUGGUGGCAAAGAUGGCUGAGGAUGAAUCUUACCAGAAGCAGCAGCAAGAGCAGCAGGGUUCGCAUUCUGCUGUUCCAUAG